AUGUCUUCUACAAAUGGAGGAAGAGAUCCAGCUGAAGAUGCUGUCAAAAAUGCUGAAAUUGUAGCACCAAAUGCCUGAGAGGCAGAGAAAGAACUUCCACUUGCUGAUGUCAACAUAAUUUCUCAGGUGGAAACCAAUGUAUCAGGAAAGGAGCCAAGCUCAUCAAACACCCAAGGAGAUACAGGUCCCCAAGCAGCAGAAAAUAUCCAAUCUGAAGCAGAGAAGACUCAAACUGAUCGACCAAAUGAAGAAUUAAUAGAAGACUUUAUUACACUAUAGAUACCUAUUUCUAUAAAGCUUAUCUUUCCUAGGUUAAGAUUGUUUAGAAUUAUCUAUCUGUAUAUCCCACACACACAAACUCAUGAAAAAAGCUUUUAUUUGAUAAAAUAAUAUUCUACCCAGGAAAAAAAGGAGAUGAGAAUAUGUGAUUACUUUCAUAGUUCCUUACAUGACCUAAUGCUACAUCCUCAUUUCCUGUGGUUGCUAGUCCCAUUCAUUAAUAUUGAUAAGAUAAGUAGAAUGUUUAUUUGCCUAUGUGGCAGACAUUCCUCUCCAUCUGAACAUCAUCAACCUAAAAAGUGGAUAAAGCAUAAAUAUGUAGCCCUUCUUGAUUACCAAAAUGUUCUCAACAAUAUCGAAAGGAAUAUAGCUUUUGGAAGGCCUUUGAGAGUGUGCUACUACCACCCACUUCAAAGAAUGACUCAAAGAAAAACUAGUAAGUCCUAUCAACACAACAAUGGAAACUACCCUUCAGUGAGAUCAAGAUUCUACAUGCCACAGUGCUGAACCCAAAACAUUGUCCAUAGAAAAGGUUUUGAAAAUAAUUUCAGAGCUCAUGACAAAGUGAGAUUAGUAAUCAUAACCUACACUAAUAAUUGGAAAUAUCUGUGUCCCAUCUGUUGAUAUGAAUUCAACAACUUCCAAGAUUUUAAACAUCAUUCCUGUAACUUUUCUGGAAAUUAA